GAUCAACAACAACACUUCUUCAUGUGUGUGGGACGGUAGCUCGGUCUGACGGAGCUCUGGGGGACAGAGGAAGACCAGUAUCAGGAUGGAGGAGCAGAGCCCAGACUCUCCUGAACCCAGCUGUGUGUCCAUGAAGAGUGACCGGUCUGCUUAUCGCUCUAUUAACUUCAAACAAUCUGCAGAUGGAAGAGGUCAGCUGGAAACAUCAGAGUUCUUCAAUGAUCAGUCCAAGCAGCAUCAAACAGAGCUGGACUCCAUAUUUAUGCUGCUGGAGGAGAACAUUAUCACCUUUGUGAAGAAGGAACUGAAGAGAUUUCAGAAGGCUCUGAGUCAGGAGAACCCAGAACGUCACAGUGAGGAUGAGGAGGUGUUGGUUGGUGAAGAUGAAGAGCAGAGGAGCAGCAGAGAGGCUUUUGUGAAGAUCACAGAGAACUUCCUGAGGAGAAUGAAGCAGUACGAGCUGGCUGACUGUCUGAGGAACAGAACUCCUGCUUCAGUUUGCCAACAUAAACUCAAGUCUAACCUGAAGGAGAAGUUCCAGUGUGUGUUUGAGGGGAUCACUAAAGCAGGAAACCCAACCCUUCUGAAUCAGAUCUACACAGAGCUCUACAUCACCGAGGGAGGGACUGGAGAGGUCAACCAUGAACACGAGGUCAGACAGAUGGAAACAACAUCCAGGAAAGCACACAGAGCAGAAACAACCAUCAGACAAGAAGACAUCUUUAAAGCUCCACCUGGAAGAGAUGAACCAAUCAGAAGAGUGAUGACGAAGGGCGUGGCUGGCAUUGGGAAAACAGUCUUAACCCAGAAGUUCAGUCUGGACUGGGCUGAAGGCAAAGCCAACCAGGACAUCCAGUUCACAUUUCCAUUCACUUUCAGAGAGCUGAAUGUGCUGAAAGAGAAAAAGUUCAGCUUGGUGGAGCUCCUUCAUCACUUCUUUAAUGAAACCAAAGAAGCAGGACUCUGCAGGUUUGAAGACUUCCAGGUCCUGUUCAUCUUUGACGGUCUGGACGAGUGUCGACUUCCUCUGGACUUCAACAAAACUAAAAUCCUAACUGAUGUCACAAAGUCCACCUCAGUGGAUGUGCUGCUGACAAACCUCAUCAGGGGGAACCUGCUUCCAUCUGCUCGCCUCUGGAUAACCACACGACCUGCAGCAGCCAAUCAGAUCCCUCCUGGGUGUGUUGACAUGGUGACAGAGGUCAGAGGGUUCACUGACCCUCAGAAGGAGGAGUACUUCAGGAAGAGAUUCAGAGAUGAGGAGCAGGCCAGCAGGAUCAUCUCCCACAUCAAGACAUCCCAAAGCCUCCACAUCAUGUGCCACAUCCCGGUCUUCUGCUGGAUCACUGCUACAGUUCUGGAGGAUCUGCUGAAGACCAGAGAGGGAGGAGAGCUGCCCAAGACCCUGACUGAGAUGUUCAUCUACUUCCUGGUGGUUCAGUCCAAAGUGAAGAGCAUCAAGUAUGAUGGAGGAGCUGAGACAGAUCCACAUUGGAGUCCAGACAGCAGGAAGAUGAUGGAGUCUCUGGGAAAACUGGCUUUUGAGCAGCUGCAGAAAGGGAACCUGAUCUUCUAUGAACCAGACCUGACAGAGUGUGGCAUCGAUAUGAGAGCAGCCUCGGUGUACUCAGGAGUGUUCACACAGGUCUUCAGAGAGGAGAGAGGACUGUACCAGGACACAGUGUUCUGCUUCAUCCAUCUGAGUGUUCAGGAGUUUCUGGCUGCUCUUCAUGUCCAUCAGACCUUCAUCAACUCUGGAGUCAAUCUGAUGGAAGAAGAACAAACACCAUCCAGAUCUACAAUGACACAGCUCUACCAGAGUGCUGUGGACCAGGCCUUACUGAGCCCAAAUGGACACCUGGACUUGUUUCUCCGCUUCCUCCUGGGUCUGUCACUGACCACCAAUCAGAAUCUCCUAUGAGGUCUGCUGACACAAACAGGAAGUGGCUCAUGGACCAGACGGGAAACAGUCCAGUACAUCAAGACAAAGAUCAAUGAGGAUCUGUCUGCAGAGAAGAGCAUCAAUCUGUUCCACUGUCUGAAUGAACUGAAUGAUCGUUCUCUGGUGGAGCAGAUCCAAGAGUCCCUGAGAUCAGGACGUCUCUCCACAGAUGAACUGUCUCCUGCUCAGUGGUCAGCUCUGGUCUUCAUCUUACUGUCAUCAGAAAAAGAUCUGGACGUGUUUGACCUGAAGAAAUACUCUGCUUCAGAGGAGGCUCUUCUGAGGCUGCUGCCAGUGGUCAAAGCCUCCAACAAAGCUCUACUGAGUGGCUGUAACCUCUCAGAGAGAAGCUGUGGAGCUCUGUCCUCAGUCCUCAGCUCCUCCAGUCUCAGAGAUCUGGACCUGAGUACCAACGACCUGCAGGAUUCAGGAGUGAUGCUGCUGUCUUCUGGACUGGAGAGUCCACACUGCAGACUGGACUCUCUCAGUCUGUCUGGCUGUUUGGUCACAGAGGAAGGCUGUUCUUCUCUGGCCUCAGCUCUGAGCUCCUCCUGUCUGACAAAGCUAGACCUGAGCUACAAUCAUCCAGGAGAAGGAGGAGAGAAACUACUGUCUGCUCUACAGAAGGAUCCACACUGCAGACUGGAGACACUGAGGCUGGACCAUGGUGGACAGCACAGACUGAAACCAGGUCUAAAGAAGUAUGCCUGUAAGCUGGAAGUGGACACAAACACAGUGAACAGAAGACUCAAACUGUCUGACAACAACAGGACGGUGACAUGGGUGAAAGAGGAUCAGCCAUAUCCUGAUCAUCCAGACAGAUUUAACUGUCUUCAGCUGCUGUGUCAGACUGGUCUGACUGGUCGCUGUUACUGGGAGGUCGAUUGGAGAGGAGUGGUUCAUGUAUCAGUGAGUUACAGAGGAAUCAGACGGACAGGAAACAUGGAGGAAUGUGGGUUUGGACGUAAUCAUCAGUCCUGGAGUCUGAUCUGCUCUGAUGGUCGUUUCUCUGUCCUUCACAAUAACAUAGGAAGUAGCAUCUCCCUCUCUUCAUCCUCUCAUAGAGUAGGGGUGUAUCUGGACCAUCCUGCUGGCUCUCUGUCCUUCUACAGAGUCUUUUCUGACAGACUGAUCCACCUCCACACCUUCAACACCACAUUCACUGAACCACUCUAUCCUGGGUUUGGGUUAUGGUCAGGUUCAGGUUACUCAGUGUCUCUGUGUUCUCUGUAGCUCAAACUCUGCUGUCUGAAUCCAAAGCUUAGUCAGACUACACACUGGAUGAUU